UUUCUACUAGUCGUAUCUGUAUAUCAGCUCAAAAAAAGGCUCCAGUAUUGGUAUUUUUUGAACUACCUUUUGAAGAAUCUGGCAAGCAAAAAGCCAAAUAUCAUCUGUGUCUUCAUGAAAAAUAUCUUAUUUUAACCUAUAGUAGCACUACUAGCUUGCACAAUUAUAUUAUAAACAUUUAUCAUAUCAACAUCUUCAAGGCAGGCAGUUUUGAUAAUCUUAUAUCUAUAGUUCCUCAGUCAAAUGAAAGUGUUUUUAGGAAAGCAUUGGUUAAGUAG